AUGGCCACCAUCAAGAUCAAGCUCGCCGUAGACAGGACGCAGAACCGUGUGCUGUUCACCGACGCGGGCUCCGACUUCGUGGAUGUCCUCCUCAGCUUCCUAACUCUCCCGCUCUCUGCAGUCCAGUUCUGCUCAGCAGCCGCGACUUCAUCGCCGGGUUGCCUCUACAACCUCUGCGGCAGCGUCAUCAACAUUAGGGAGAGUAAGCUGCUGAUGGUUGGUUCCUGCCACCGGAUGCUUCUCACGCCUUCGCAAGAGCGUGAGUUUGGGACCUAUGGGCCCAAAGAACGGUUUGUGAUCAGCGAUGGCUGGACGAUCAAGCCGGUAUCCACGAGCACCAUGCAGUCGCUGCCUCACAACUUCACCCCUGAUGCAAUUUUACAGGAAUUUGAAGAGAUGGAAGUUUGCGUCGGCUGGGCGGAGGUUGUAUCCAUCCUCAAGGCUUCUCUUUCGUCACAUACUAUAUUCACCAACGUCUUUCUAUCCAAAGGAACCGGUGACCAGCCGGCUGGUCGUGUCACUGUCAAAAAGAAAAUUAUGCAUCGAGCCAAUAAAGAUUCCGAAUCGGAUUCUUCACCACAGAGCAAUAUCAAGCUUUUCUACGACAGGCAGGAGAAGAAGGUGAUGUAUGCUGAAUGCAAGCAUGAGUUUGUGGAUCUGCUCCUCGGUUUCUUGAGUUACCCACUGGGUUGUGUGAUCAAGAACAUGGCUGAUGGUGCCGUCACUUGCCCUCUCGGCGACGGUGGCUUUGAAAAUCUGUACAUCAGCACCAUCGAACUCGAGGCAUCCGGCUUUAUAACAGAUGGCUACGCUGAAAAAAUGUUGCUGAAUCCAUCCCUUUGCCCGUUCAGCACACAGUGCUUCGUUCUGGAAGAAACCUAUGUGGAACCGGAACCGGAAGAGUUCUGCAUGGGUCUGGCACCAUAUAGGUCAUCUCGGACUUUUCUGGGGACAUGUCGUAACUGCCAUCCUAACCUGGUCGAUGACCGAAAGUAUGUCAUAGAUGAUGAUCUGCAGAUUCAUCAGGCUUCCGCUAUGGCAGUGUCGAAGCACUGGUGUAGGAGAGACAAGGCUAACGUGGUUGAGAUGGAAAUCACCACCGGGAUACAGGAGGUUGUUGUGCUGCUGCGGGCGGUGCUCACCUCGAAGACGGCGCUGACCGAUGUGUUCAUCAGCAGGCUGGAGGAACCACCUGCCCUGACGAAUGUGAAGGUCGAGAGGAAGUGA